AAUGAAUAUGCAUGACAAUGAUUUAGAGUAAAUAUACUCUUGCUACCUUUAUGAUAUAUCUACAUCCCCUUUUGAUUGACGAAACAACAAAAGAGUUCCUUAUCCGCAGUCAUUUGCAAUGCUGAAGACAUCUAUUUCUAUAUGCAUCUUGUUUGUGUUGAUCAUGUUGACACAAUUAUGUCAAGUUGGUGCUUGGUUACCUCCUCCUGUUGCAUUUACAGCGACAUUGCCUUCAGGUAACACAACAGUGUCAGUUGGAAAUAGAGUCAAAUACAACCAGAUCCAUUCUGCUACAGGGGACCCACCUGUAUAUGAUAUCGAUACGGGUAUUUUUACUGUUCCAACCGGUCGAACUGGUGUUUACUCUGUGUCUGUUUCCAUGAUGUCAGGCUUUCAAAGUUCUCACCUUACUCUAAGAAAAAAUGGAGUGAUUAUGGUGUGGCUAUUCACUAGUAAAGAUUAUAAUAUGGCAUCCCAAACUAUUAGCGUUAAUCUGGCAGAGGGCGACCUGAUUUUUGUACAAAUGAACAGCGGGGCUAGUCUGUUUAGUGUUUAUAACACUUUCAGUGCUGUUAAGAUAGCAUAAACUACAUCCAUAUAUACAUAUAUAUAUUUUUUUAAAAGCAACCUGAUAUAACAUAAUAAUUCAACAUAUUCAAUUCAAUACAUUAUUUACAUGUCAGCCAGCCAUUUAAGACGUAUGAUGCACUGCUA